AUGGCCGCGCCCGAGUCCAUCAAGAAGCUGCGCAUCCUUCUCAUGCCCUUCUUCUCCACCAGUCACAUCGGGCCGUUCACCGAUUGUCAGCAGCCCACUGGGGAUGCCGAUCUGCUACUCCUAGAUCACGAAUACAGGAAGAAGACGAGUUCUUCAGACGAAAAGCGUUACAAGCCCAUUGUGGGCCGGAUAUCCGAACACUCCUCGCUCGGGCCCUCUUGCUCUUCCUGGGUCGAGCAGUGUCUUCAGCUGAGUGGACGCUGGGUGAGGGGCAGUGACACCGACCUCGCCGUCCGCCUCGCCACAUCCAGCCCGGACGCCGUCGAGCUCACUCUCGCUGUCACCCCGGCGAACGUCCACGUGGUUCGCUCGGCCCUCGGGCGGCACGGCGCCGAGGCGAGCGGCGCGGUCAAGAUCGCCACCUACCCGUUCCCGCUCGUGGACGGCCUCGCCCCGGGCGUGGAGAACCUCUCCGCCGCCGGAGACGACGAGUGGCGCAUUGAUGCCGUCGCCGUCGACGAGGCCCUGACGCUACCGGCGCAGGAGGCGCUCAUCAGGGAACAGUCCCCUGACGCCGUCAUCACCGACGUCCACUUCGUCACCUGGAACAACGCCGUGGCCGCCGAACUCGGCGUGCCGUGCGUUACGUUCAACGUCGUUGGCAUCUUCUCGACGCUCGUCAUGUACCACCUCGGCCGUGACGCCGCCGUCGUCAGAGAUGGUCAGGAAGUUACCGUCCCUGGGUUGCCGGGGCCGGACAUACGGAUCCCCGUAUCCGAGUUGCCGGAGUUCCUGAGAUGCCGACAGGAGCACGAUGGGAUCAGGCAGUGCCAUGUGGCGAUGGGCAGGUGUUUCGGCGUCGCCCUCAACUAG